AUGGAAUUCAAUCCAGAAGGAUUAGGUCAAUUUAUUCAUCGUUUAGUUGUUCAACAAACAACGGAUGCUCAAGAAAGUGAUGUCGAAGUAACCGAUGAUGAUAAUAAUAGUAGUGCGAAUGCGACUGAUCCAAAUAGAAAACGAUAUUGUUUGAUGAUAUUCAACGAUCCAAAAUUAUCUCGAGAUUUGAAAAACAAAACUAAACGGCAGCAAGAAACAGCUAAUCGACAACAACGACCCUCACAAGUAACAACUCGAACUGUAGCAACAACAACAUCAUCAGCAACAACGUCAUCAACAAUACCAGUACAACAAGAUGAAGACGACGACGAUGAUGAUGAUGAGGAGGAGGAGGAGGAGGAAGAGGAGGACGACGAAGAAGUGCUAGCUUUAAAUCUUCGAAUAAGUCGUAAAUUAGAAAAAUUAGUGAAUAAAUUCAUGAAUCAUCAACGAAUCAUCCCAAUGGGAAGAUAUUAUCUCGAUUUAACGAAUCCAAAAUGA